GCGGCUUUCCUUCUCCCACAAUUCCUCGCGCUCUUCCUUUCCAGCCUGGUCCCGGCGCUAUGGCUCCCGCGAAGAAGGGCGGUGAGAAGAAGAAGGGCCGUUCGGCCAUCAACGAGGUCGUGACCAGAGAGUACACCAUCAACAUUCACAAGCGCAUCCAUGGCGUGGGCUUCAAGAAGCGUGCCCCUCGGGCGCUCAAGGAGAUCCGGAAGUUUGCCAUGAAGGAGAUGGGGACACCUGACGUACGAAUCGACACCAGGCUCAACAAGGCUGUGUGGGCCAAAGGGAUCAGGAAUGUUCCAUAUCGUAUCCGUGUGCGGUUGUCCAGGAAACGUAAUGAGGAUGAAGAUUCCCCGAACAAGCUCUACACAUUGGUUACCUACGUGCCUGUCACCACUUUCAAAAACCUACAGACAGUCAACGUGGAUGAAAACUAGUGGCUGGUUAUCUAAUAAAGGUUUCAAACUGCC